AUGUCGUUCAAAAUCAUUGGGUUCGCGUGCUUCGUGACUUCGUUGAUAGUGAGCGGUGGUGCGGUUUCCAAUAGCCAAGCUGAAGAACUGUCUGCUCGAGACAAAAUCCCGGAGACCAUCGCGUCUCUUUCACCAAAGCGACAGGAACAGCCAUGGCGAAAUGAUACUAGAUCAGCAUCUUCGUCUGCUCCAACAUGGAUACCACGUACCAGACCUUUUGAAGUCCACUCCUCAUCUGGACAUCAUCUUGCGACACCAGCAGCUGUGACGAGCAACAGUGCAGCUUCAGUAUCGACUUCAACACAAAGCUCACCCUUGAGCUCAGUGGCUCAUCUUGUAUAUCCGAACAGCCAUCUGAGUAUGAGCGAAGCUGCAAAUACCUGGAGCGACACAUCCUUCAUUACAAGCUCUCUAUCGUUGCCUAUUCUGAUAUCUGAGCAUGCUCUCUCGACCUCAACCAAACCCGUUCCUUCCGAGCAACAUGCCUCAGUCACUCGAAGCACUAUGCCCAUUUCCUCUAAGACUAUAUCGGUGCAUUUUCCACAACUCACAGUUAUUCCCUCAUCUUACUCAUCGGAUCUCAUGGAGCAAACGAUGUUCCCUAUUGCGUCAGCAUCAACACUUGCACAAGAGCUCUCAUCGCAACGAACAACGAGCCGGCUUUCUACGUAUUCGAUGCCUAGAUUCAUGCCACCCCAUACACCUGUCCUCCCGGCAUCACCAGGAAGCGCGUCAUGGUCCAAAAGUCUACACCUUACGUCAGCCCUCAGUUCUACUGCUAUUCCGGCCCACCCUACGCCUCAAACCUCUUAUCAUCUGCCAAAUUCCGCUGAUGGUGUGACACCGUCGCAGAGUGGCUUUGUCACAACAUUGGCUGUCAACACCUCAAAUUUGUUAGCGACUUCAUCUGUGAGACAAGUAGAUUACUCCGUAUCGCUGUCAACUACACCGGCGCUUGUUACAUAUAUGACAACACCCUUAACUUCAAUCGGCGGGCUGCCUGUGGGAUCAAGUACCUCCGCCCCUCUCAGGGAUACUUCGAAAGUGGUGCAGCCUGUCAAUACUCUAACACAGGAAAUCUCAUCUGCUACUGUAGCCAGCGAUACGCCACCAUACCUUUCCCCCUCUGUCGUAGCUUCUUCGGGUACAUACCGAUCGACAACGCCCUUCAACAAGACAAAUCCUACGUCAGUAGGCAACGAUCCUACUCCUUCGGUGCCAGUUCCGACUGUAAGCUCCAUCUUCACAUUUGUGCUAAGCACAAGCUCGAUUGAUGGACCAGUAUUGUUGCUUGGCCCAAGCUCCUCAUGGCACAACAACACCACGUCAGUAACUGUCACUUCAUCUGAUAUGACACUGCAACAUGGUGCAGAAGUACCAACGGGACAGCAAGCCAGCUUUAACAGCACGGUGCUGUAUGCUUCGAAUACCUCUCGCGCCUCAAAUUGGAAAACUUCCACACUUCCCACGCCCACACUCAACAGCACCAACUCUGAUGGCGCUACUUCAAUAACGAUUCUUCUCGCUCCAAUGACGAGCUCAACUGUGCCAACAAUAUCGACUACACAUGUCAACACGUCCGUGACAGGGCCAAUAAAAACGGUUACUGUAGCUCUCCCACCGCCCAGCUCUACUACGAAUAGCGCAACUUCAGAUCCUCCAACAUCGCCUCCCUUGACAGUCUCGCAGAAAGCAGGCGUUGCUAUAGCAAGCACAACUGGUCUUCUCAUUGCUGUGGUCGCAGCCAUUUAUCUCGCUCGACGAUAUAGAAUGAACAAAUCGAGGCGCUCAAGUCUAGGGAGUAUCUACCCCAAAGAGGCCUACUUGUACGAUCCUCCCGCGGGUGGAAGUGACCACAACGGGGAUGUAGAGGAUGUUCUGAUGUCGGGUGGGUCCAGCGGCAUGCCGCCGAUGGUCUGGAACGAUUUCCGGGCAUCGACUGCCGCCGUUGAGUACGGUCGCGCUUCUAGCAGGAAUCUGCUACCCCAGCGAUUUAGUAAUCCAGGAAACCCUUUCCGAGAUCCAGGUGAUGCUUCACAAUAUUCCGUUGAAUACAAUCAAAGCCGUAUUCAAACACCCACAGAGACGGAAGCUGCAUUUGCAGCCGCCAUCAAAAGGAUACAGAGGCACAUCACAGGGGCUCUUCUGGAUCCUUUUGAGCAUGAUUUGCUUCUAAAGGUCGACACUUUUACAGAAACGCCCGAUUUUGCGACUGUCUAUGCUCCUUCUACCGGCUCGAGCUUGUUGAUACCGGCGACCGCACCGAUUCGAGCGCAAUCGAGAAAUCCUUGGGCAUCUUCGAUGAUAAGCACGUGUCUGGCAGAUCCUAUCACACCACUCAAUAAACGGUUCGAACCAUCAAGUCCAAUAUCGCCCGAUGCCACUAUAGUCGCAUCAGAAUGCUUUUCACCAAUCUUCGGUCACCGCUCGUCAUCCACGUGCUUCACGCCUUUUCAAAAGCAAGACGAAGUUACCACUUCUCCCAUUUCGCCUUCGUGUGGAGCUGUCCAUAUAGGCUGGGACGAAAUCAAGCGAUACUCCGCAGAAAAAGUUGUGCCCUCCGUCGCUAGUCUUAGCCCUCCGUUAGGGUACUGUAGUCCAAUUCAGACCAAGAAGAAGUCGCUGCCCCAGCUACGGCGCAAGGAUCCGAUACUCACUGGCUUAGGAGAAGUUCGACAAUCACGCUCACAUCUCUCGUUAGCACCAUAG